AUGGUGCUUCGCUGGGAAUGCCCCAGCGAGAUGGCCGAGUCCGCUCAGGCCGCCCAGGCCUCCGAGGAACUAGUGGCCAGUAGGGCUGGUGUGGUCCUGGGCUACGUCGCUAAACUGAAGGAGAACGCAGCUGCCAGCUUCAGGGAGGCCAAGCCAUGGUCCGAGGUGCUGGACCGCACCGCGUUUGCUAAGCCCAGCGGCAUGGCGGAGGCCACCGGGCGCAUGCGCAAGAAUGUGGCCUACUUCAAGGUCAACUACGGCAUUGUGGGGCUGGGCACCACCGCGCUGGUCAUGUUCCUCAACCCCUGGUCCCUCAUUGUGCUGGCCUUUCUGGCCCUGGUCUGGGCCUACUCGUACAUUGUGCGCAGCACGCCCUUUGUGAUCGGCGGCCGCGAGCUGAGCGAUCGCGAGAAGUUCAUGUCGCUGAGCGGCUUCUCGCUGGUGGUCAUCUUCUUCCUCACCUCUGUCGGCUCCACUCUCUUCUACGCGCUCGGCCUCUCCAUGCUGCUCAUAAGCGCGCAUGCCGCCUUCCAUGUGCCCGACGACUUGUUCCUGGAUGAGGUGCCGGAGCAGUCGAGCGGCGGCUUCCUCAGCCUGCUCACAGGCGGCAGCAAGCCGGCUGCGGCGGUGGUGGCCUCGGUAGUCUGA